AUGCCAACAGAGUCCGAUGCGCCCUCAAUUAGCUCAGACUCAAAUGAAAGCCAGGAUUUAGAUAACAUAUAUUACGAACCGUACGAUGAGAAGCUGGUUGAGUGGUUUGUAGAUCUAAUUAAGACCCACGAUAAGCUUAUGCUGGCUCGGAAUGUUGUACUAAACCGACAUUUUGGUGAGCUAAGUGUGUCUGCAAACUUAGAGGAGCAGGAGAAGCUUCUUCUUAUCCACGAGUAUAUAAAUAAGGAGCUAGUGUAUCCGCCCGUGUUUUUGGGGUCUUCCUUAGGAUUCAACAAGAAUAACUGGAAUAAAAAUAUUGAGAAGAUUUUAGAACCCUACGGUAUUAGACAAAAGCCCGUAUUUUGUGCCAAGGACACUUGCUAUCUCUUUGAAAGAAUGAAGUAUCUCAUAUUGAAGUACAUGGAAAAGAUCAGAAAAUAAUCAGAAUAGUAGAUGAAUAUUCUGCCUUAUUAUAUUCUGUGUCUAUUUUGUACAGAUUUUGCUCUAUCCAGAAAUUGUAAGUUUACUGAUCAUUUAUGCCGAUACAGCCUGG